AUCACAAUUAAAUCAAUGAAGAAACACAUUUCGUUUUGUGGAGAUUUUCAGAUCAUUUCAUACAGUAUAAUAGUUACUGAACGAACUAGCUUUUGGAAACACAUUAUGUCACGUCAUGAAGGAGUUAGCUGUGAUAAUUGCUUAAUGAGCAAUUUUCGACAAAAGCGUUUCAAAUGUUUAAUCUGCUACGAUUACGAUCUCUGUGAGAUUUGCUACGAUAACAAUGUCAGUACAUCACGUCACUCUCCUUCUCAUCCAAUGCAAUGUAUUUUAACAAAGCACGCCUUUGAUCUUUUCUAUGGAGGUGAAGGUAUAGGAAUGGACAGUCCACCAUCACUGACUUGCCCACUUUGUGGAAAGAAAGGUUUCACAGAAGUUAAUUUACAAGAACAUGUUAAUUCUCAACAUCUUGAAACUAGUGUAGAAGUGGUCUGCCCAAUAUGUGCUGCAAUACCAACUGGAGAUCCAAAUCAUGUAACUGAUGACUUUGCCACCCAUCUUGCCAUUGAACACAACACAUCACAUCGUACUGCGACCAUUGAGGACCCAAUAGGAGGUCGGCAAAGCAUGAGACGAAUGUUUUAUCCGGGACGCAGCACACGUGGUGCACGUGCACAAAGAUCUGCAAAUAUGCAUUUUACAAGUGGCCCAAGUUCAGUGCCAGGGUUUGGAGUGGCAAAUGCUGCGGCUUCAACAAUACCACAAAUGAGAGAUGCCAUGGACCCAAUAGCAGAAUUAUUGUCACAAUUGAGUGGUGUGAGAAGAAACGCACAACAGCUGCAGCAAACCGUAUCUACUGCUUCACAGUUACAAGAAUUACAAGCUCAACUACAACUCGAAAGACAAAGAGCUUCCAUCAUAAGGCAACAGCUUGAACGUAUCCCUGGAAAGAUUCAGACAGCUCAGAAUGGAAAACAGACGAGUCAGCCUAUAGGAACCCAAAACAAGAACUAUGCAAAUGCUGUGAAAGCAAAUAAAGAAGAAAGUUCAGUAACAGUAUCUGAGGAUGAUGACCCUCGUCUCCUAUUAUCAAAGAUAUAUGACAAAGAUUCGGAAGCAGGAAGCGAGUCACAAAAUAUAGACAUUUUUGAACAAAGUUUAUUUGUACGGGAAUUGAUUUUAUCUUUACCCAUUGAAGAUGGUAAUGAUGCGAUAACAUACGAUUCAUCCCUCACUUCUCCUAUAUCACCUGUACCUGCACGUGCUAUACCAGUGGAUUGUGGUGUUUCAGCAGCGGAAACAUCACAACCCGCAACUUCUAGGCCUGCAGUCAAAAGCGAAAAUGAAAAGGUUUCUUUAUCGAGUCAGAGUGGCCCAAGUGCUCCAGUAGAAUCUGACAGGGUUGUGGAAUCAACAGAACUGUUUCGAGAAGAAGAAAAUGGCAUGACGGAAAAAUUAGCUACUGCUAGCGAUCACGAUGUUUCUUACAAUGUUAGGAAAAGCAACAGCGCAGAAAAAUCUUCGCUCCAUCAUCAAUCGCUCGAGUCAAUGAGCGAAUUGAAGAAAGAAUCAAAUGUUCGACAAGCGCAGUUUUCAUCAGAUGCAUCAAGUGUUGCAGGGCUCGUACGAUCACAAUCCUCUCACCCUGUAUCUCCAUUUCCUGUUUUAGUUAGCGGCACUUCAGAGCAGUAACCAUAACCAAUGACGACAGUCAAAUAACUCUCUAACACUGAAGAAAUUAAUGUCAUUUUGUUUGAUAUACUAUUUCUAGACUAGACAGAAACUUAUAAGUAUAUAAUAUGAAUUAAUAAAUAUUACGUUUGAUCAUCGCUUUCGUAUCUUAGGACUGUUUUACAAAAUAACAUAUUGUGAAGUUUUCUUCCAAAUGCUGGUACUAUCUCUUAUUGAUCAACCGUCAUGUAUAUACGACUAGUUAAAUUAUUAUUUGUCUCUUUUCGCCUUCUCUUGAUAAAAAUUCAUCUUCUUUUAUUUAAGUGAAUGAUUUAAAAUUCAUUUUUGAUUCAUGUAAAGACAUGGACUUCCCAUGCAAAAAGGAAAACAGGAUAGAAUUUUUUCUUCAUGAUUAUAAAGCGGUGGUAGUAAUGAUUUAUUUUGAAUUCGUUUUUCGUAAAUAGUUCGAUAAUCCCAUAAAAUCAAACAGGUCUAAAUAUUCAUUCCUGGAUAUAAAAAGAAAUAAAGCUGUAUGUAUGGUCGUAUGGUGAGCUGUGUCCUCAUCUAUUUACAUGGCAGUAGUUAUAGGAAUAUGAUGUUGGGUGUAAUCUUCAGAACAAACUUAAAAGCUUUCUGUCAUAUAUUAUAUAUUUUCGUCACAUUAGCGAAUGGAAGUUUUGAUGUUUGUUUUCAAAUUUCUGCUCAUUUGCACCAUCAUGAAUAUUUGUGAUUUUGCUUGUUGAAUCUUAUAUAAGCGCUCUUGUUUGUUCAUGUUUUGUUUUCUAAAACUCCACAUUUCAUCUUAAUUCUGAGUAAAAAGGUUUUGUUAAAUACCUUGCCAAAAGUUGCUAAAUGACUGGUUCUGGUGUGUUCAUAAAACCCAAGCUUUCAGUAUGCACUUUGAUGUUGUGAUAAACGUGAAUUCUUUUUUUUUUUUUAGAAAAUUGGUAUAACAAUUGCUUCAUUCGUUAGCCUGGUGAAUUUACCUCACCAAUUUUAAAUUUACUCAACUUGGAACAGUCGCAUCGAUAUUUUUAGCAUAUUCAGUUUAUAAAGAUUAAAUACAAGCAGUAAAUUACAUUUCUAACCAAAUGAGAACAGCACACGUAAACGAGACAAAUAGCUUUGUCGACAUCGGGCACCUUUGUGGUGCACCUCAAAAGUAAAUAUCUUUCGGAGUGUGUUUUAGUUUAUAUUUUUUGUUGUUUUCAUUAAUAUUGUUUAUCAGCGAUUUGUCAAUCCCUUCUGUAUAGAUAUACUGUGUCGUAUUUAAAACCCCAGCUGUUUUUAAAUCACCAGAGAAUAUAAAUGCAAAUUUGAGUGUAUAUCGCUCAUACUAUGGCGACUAAGGAGUGUAACUGAAUCAAUUGUUCAUAUUAACAGAAUUUACGAAAUAUUAUCAUUUCAAAUAUUGUGACAUUUCAGACUCGCGAUGUGAUUUUUGCUCAAUUUGUAACUAAAAAACUGUUGUUAUUUUAAUUUGCAGCUUUUCUUUGUUAAAAAUUCUGCGUAUAUAUAAAAA